UGAGAAGGAUCCCACAGCAAUGGACACAGAUAAAUCUGAUGAUUAUAUUAAACUGAUUCAAAGCAAAACAAAUGGAGAAUCGGGUAGUCCUGAAUGUGUUGUGAGUCCACCAAGUCUAGACCAACCAGUACUUGUAGAUGGACCAGCUAUGUCAGCAUCAACAUGGGAAAGUGUGGACACCUCUUCAACUAAAGUAUUCAUUUCAGAACAUGUUUACAAAGACUGUGUUGUCAUAGAAACCACAUCAGAACAUAAAGAUAGAUUGUCCAAAGAACGUCGACCCCUGCCAGAUAAUUCAGAGGGCAAAGUUCAACUAUCAAUAGAUAGUUUUAUUAAGAUAGAGGAAGCUUCUGAAGAUAUGACUUCGUUUAAUGACAAAAACUGGAACAAUAUGAAUGCUAGUGCAUUUCUUGAUAUUGAUAUGCCAACAGAAAGUGAAAGUAGACGUUUAACUACAAGCUUUGUGCAUAUUGAUCAAAAGGAUGUGUUUGGAUUGGACGAAAGCAAGAACGAUGCUGACUCAGAAGUUAAGGGUGUUUUAGGGGAACUUAGAAACUUGGAAACAGUUGAUGAACUAUCAAUUAUCAGCUCUGAUAAAAACUCAAAUGCAAAAGAUGUCAAUACAUUUGGUGCAAAUAGUUCAAAACAGCAAUCUGUACAUGAUAGUAUGUCAACAAAUGAUUGUGGCAAUACUGAAGAAGAAAAUCAAUCCACUGUAGUUCAAAAAACAGAAUCCAUGAUAGAAAAUGGGAACUAUAAUGUUGAUGCUGAUGCAAAGUAUGUUGUACCUAAAAUGCCAGUUUCACAUGGUCAAGGAGGAAAUAAACUGAAUAAAAAAUUAGAAAAACGAGAAAGAUGGAAGGAAAAGAAACGAAAAAGUAAAACACCUGAAAAAUCUUUAUCUAACAAAGAUACCAAAUCUAAAGAAGAUGUGGGAACAGAAGAUAGUUCUAGCUUGCCGCAGGAAAGUGAUGGAGUAUCUAAUGAAGUGGAAAAGAAAAUUCUUGCCACAGAAAUUAGCACAGAUGUAAAAACAGAUAGUACAAAUAUAGAGGAAAAUGAGGCAGUAGCAAGUUCAAAGAGGGACGAAAAAGUAGAAGAAAAAAAAGUUGAGCAAACAGAUGUAAACACAGGCAAACCUAAGCAGAAAUAUGUGAUUCCAAGCAAAAGAAAUAAAGGUUCUACCUCACCCUCAGAAAGGUCAAGAAAAGAAAAAGAUCAAAUUCCAGAAACAAGACAGGAAAAAAAGGAAGAAAUUUAUGAAACUGAACCUAAAAAUUUUCUAGAGUUUGUUCAGAGAAAGACAGCUAAAGGAGUUAUUGUAGAUGCUAAAAAACUGAUGUUUGAACUGGGAUUUCUGAAGGAUGUAAAGCAGACGGACAUUCAUGAGGCUGUGAUUGACCAAUACAAAAUGGCAGCUGAUAGAAAGUUUCAUUAUUGGAUAAAACAAGCUCGCUACAAUGCAGAACUUAUUUUCACCCAAGAUUGGAUUGAAGAGAAUUUACCAUCAUUAGAAGGAAACAGAGAGAAAAAGUCAGACUGGAGAAAGAAAAAACAAGAAAAAAGAAAAAAUGGUCAUUCAGAGUAUGACAGACCUGCUGGUGGUAUGUGCAGAGAUGUUAGAUUAGAAACAGAUCCAUCUUUACAAGUUGUGCGUGAAAAUAUUGGAAGUAAAUCACUCAAUGAAAAGGUAACACAUGUUGAAACUGGUCAAAAAUUGACUGAAAAUACAAAAAAGGAAUCGGACAUGAAAUCUGAUAACAAGAAUGCAGACAGCAGCCAAAGGUCGUCAGAUAGUUCAAGAUCAUCUCGCAUGAAAUAUAGUGAUGUCAGAUUGGAAACAAAUCCUAAUAUGAUGGUUGUAAGAGAAAAUGCUGGAUCAAGGUCAAAAGAUCAAAAGGAGAAAACUGACAGGUCAUUAAAAAUGAAAUACUCUGAUGUCAGAUUAGAAACUAAUCCUAAUAUGAUGGUUGUUAGAGAAAAUGCUGGAUCAAGGUCAAAAGAUCUGAAGGAGGUGCCUAACAGGUCAUCCAAAAUGAAAUACUCAGAUGUCAGAUUAGAAACUGAUCCUAAUUUAAAUGUUGUAAGAGAAAAUGCUGGAUCAAGGUCAAAAGAUCAGAAGGAGGUGCCUAACAGGUCAUCAAAAAUUAAAUACUCAGAUGUCAGAUUAGAAACUAACCCUAAUUUAAAUGUUGUAAGAGAGAAUGCUGGGGAUAGGUCAAGGUCAUCUAGACUUAAAUAUACUGACGUUAGACUGGAAACAAAUCCAAAUCUUACUACUGUUAGAGAAAAUGCUGGUGGUAAGACAAAAAUGUUGGAGAAGGAAUCUGUGAAGGACAAUCAGACAAAUGAAGAAUCUCAGCAAAUCAACUCAACAAAUAUAACUGAUGCAGAAGUUAAAGCUGAACAAGGUGAAAAUCAGAAUGAUAAUGUAGAUAUUAUGCAUGCACAUGACCAAAUUCAGAACAAUAGUACAGAUUCUAGUAAAGCCUCAUCAGAAACGAGAAAAAUUGAGUUGGAAUCAGAAAAAGUUCCCACAGAGCUUGAGAAUGAAUCGGCCACAAAAGAGGGAGACGAUACAGAGAAAAGACAGGCCCUAUUGAUUUGUAAUGGUGAUUUUCGAAAACCAUCAAAAGUAGAAACUUUGCUGAAUUAUUCUGAGGCUGUAAAAUCUGCUGAGAACAAAACUGAAAAGUAUGAUCUUAAACCAGACGAAAGUGAUACUGAUGUCAAAAAUGAAGUCAGUGGUGCAUUGACAUCUUUGUUAGCGUUAGUUGAAACUGAAAUAACCAAGAAAUUUGACGAUAAUGGAAACCCUAUCACUGAUAAUCAAGGUGAAACCCUUUCAGAGAAGGUAACUACAGUAUAUGAUCAGCAGGGAGAAAACCAUGAUAGAGAGACAAACAAAAGGAAUAGAAUGAUCGAAGCAAAAACAACUGAUAUUCAAGGGGAGACAAUUACGAUUAUAUCAGAAGUAAAUGUUAAAACUGAAGGUGAAGGAUUUGUUGUAAAAACAAAAAUACACGAGAGUGUGAAAUCUGAAACUGGUAUCAAAUCAGAGACUUCUGAUACACUUGAUCAGAACAAAGAAAGCAAAGUAACCAAGGAACCAGUUGGACAGGAGAAUGAUAAACAGAGCUAUGCAGCAGCUUUAGGUCUGGUUCAGAGCGAAGAAUCACUUCCUUCCCUUGCUCAAAGUGGAGAAACACUUGCACAAAGUGGUGAAUCACUACCUUUGCCAACACAGAGUGUUACCCUUGAUGAAAUCAAAUUGGAAAAUCAGCAAAAAAUAGAAGAAUUAGCAGAUAUCAGUUGUGCAUCAGAGCAAAAACUAGAAUCAACAGAAAAUUUGACAUCUGUAAAAACACAAUCGGAGACAGUUGAAACAAGUUCUUCUCUUACUCAAAGUGUCAUUACACUUGUCAAUGAAGUCAGAGAAUCGUCAGUACAUAAACAAGUAGAAACACUGGCAAAAGAAGUCCAAAAUGAAAUUCCAGCAGAAAUGCCAGCUAUUGGAUUAGUAAAGAUUGACGAAAAAGACAAGACUACAGAUGAAAAAGAAACCAUUGAGAAAAAAUCUUUGCCUUUAACACUUACAGACAGUAUUUUCUCAUUAGUACAGGAAACUAGAGUCGAAAACACUCAAGAAAAGUUAGAAAGCUUGGUGAAAGGUAUGGGAAAAACUAGAGAGACAGAUGAGGCUGGCAUUAUUAUAUGUGAGGACACUCUGACAGUUCAGGCUGAUUAUAAGAUACAGUUUGAGAGCAAAGAAACUAAAUCAGAUAAAGUAGAAGAUACCAAGACUAAAGUUGUGAUCAGCAAGGCAGCAGACGACACUAAAGCAUCUGAAGGUCACACUAAGUCAAUGAUGGAUGAAACCAAUAAAACAGAUCAGAAUAAAGUUACAUCAGAUGUUGUGAAAACAAUAGAAAAUGUAAGAAAAACAUUAAUGGACAUCACAAAAACUGUGGAAGAUGAUAGAAUAACAAUAGAAGAUAUUACAAAGACAGUAACACAUGAAACUUUGAAAACUCCAGAAACCAUAAAAACAGGCAAUGUCAGAACAGUACAACAAGAGUACAAAACAAUGGCAGACGUUAUUGAAUCAAUGGAAGAUGUUAAAAACACAUUGAAGGAUAUCACUAAAACAGUGGAGGAUGACACGAAAACCAUAGCAGAUUUGACCAAAACAGUUCAAGAUGACAUUGAAAAAGAGGCUGACAACACAGCAAUGAUUGACAAUACUAAGACUGAAGGAUUGGAGGCAAAACCAACAAUAGAGGAUACCAGCAUAUCAACUGAAAACAUUGAGUCUGAGGUUAUUCAGACUGAUAUUAAAACCAUUGAAAAAGGUUUGAAAGAUUUAAUCACAGAAAUGGCUGCCAAAGAGAAAAUUUGUACUGAUGAUGAUGCAGUACAAUUGGAUUAUAGUAAUUUACCUACAAAUUCCAAUGAAAUUGGAGAACAGGUCAGAAGGUUAUCUCCAUUGGGUAUGGCUGGAAGUCUGAGUCCUACAAUGGUGAGAUCAUGUGAGUUUCUGUCAAAAGAUGGAAAUUUAAGUGAAGCAGAUUCUUUGGAAAAUCUUUCUGUAAAAUCAGAUGGGGGAAGUCGUUCAAAUUCAAAGUCUCAAAGAAAGACAGUUGGUUCAAGAAUCCAACAACCAAAAUCUUACUCAAGGUCACAUGAAACUCCAGAUAAAUCUUCAUUUAAAGAAAGAAACUGGCAUGGUACAUCAACACCUGGUCGCUAUGGUAACAGUCGCCAUGAUAGUUGUAAACAGCCAGUACAUGGAUGGUAUGAUCAUUCUCAUGGGUCACCUAGACACUAUGGACAAUAUCAUUCAUAUGCAGAAAGUCAUGACAAAAGUAAUCGAGGAAGAGGAUCAUAUGGGAAUACCCCAAGAGGAUCAUACAGGAAACAGAAUUACAAUACACCUGAUAGAUUUCAGCAGACCAAUGCCUCGUCAUACAAAUCACAUUCCUAUAAAGAAAGUCACUAUGUAAAGGAACAUAAUGGAAAAACAGCUGAUAGAUUUACUCAUGAGAGAAAACAAGGAGGAAGAAGUUAUGAUAAACAAGAAUCUGAUAAACAGGGAAGCCAUUAUAAAGGCAGUGAUGUUAGAAAAUCAGAAAUGGGAGGAGGAAUGGAAAAAAAGAUAGAUAAAGAAAAGGAUUAUAUUACUUCCAGUAAACCAAAAAUUAUAGACUCUAAGUACAAGUCCUCUGAUUCUAGACCAAAAAUAGAGAAACAAGAAGAGCACUAUUCCAAAUUGAGUGAGAAAGUUAGCGGUGAUAAGUCUGGAAAUCAUAGGGAGACACAAGGAUCUACUGGUAAAAAGGAUACACCUCUUCCAAAGAGUGAAGAUAUUCCCAAUAAAGCAUUAGAAAGUAGUCAGGGUUGUGGCGAUAAAAUGAAAUGUUCCUCAGAACAAAAACCACAUUUAUUAGAAGAUACUUCAAAAGAAGCUACUGAGUCUACCAAAGAAGGAAGUCAGCAGCAGGCUCAAGGUAACAGUAAAGGUGCAACUAAUUCUCAGAAACAAAAACAGAAAAAGAAAAGGAGGAGCAAUGCUAAAUAUAAGUGGUAGUUGUGUAAAUACAUUGUAUAUAUAUAAAGUGCAGACAGCAUAAUUGGGGAUUAGAACUCAGGGUGAUAUUUGAGUCUUUUUUAGCGAACUAUUUGGUUCUCAGACAUCUUAAAAUCAGUCACUGCAUAGUAAUUGUUGAAGUUACAAAUUAAUAAUUCCUUAAAAUCUGUAUUUGAAUAUCCUGUUAGUGUAAUUUUUUAUGUUGAAAAUCACAAGAGUUGAGAAAAAUCAUAUUUUUUGUUCCGCAGCGGUUGGUUAUAAAGUAUAUAAUAUCAUACCUGCCAACUUUUCAAAAUGCUCAUGGGGGUUUUGCGUGCAAGAUGGCUGCCAUAGUCCU